CAACGACAAAAACAAAUUUUGAUUUGGGAUUGGGGGAGAAGAAGAAGCCUUGUUGGCGUUCUCUUGGAAAAAGCUAGCUGUGCUGGCUGUUGCUGUGGCUGGCUACUUGCUGCUGCUGAAGCUAAAACCAAAACCCCUCUCCACUGCAGUCCAAAAAGCCUGUCUAAUUCAUUACUGCAUAUUGUUUUGAUUUUUCUCGAAAAUUCCAAACCCACAAACUAUCAAAGGAAAGGAAAAUCCUUUCUGUGAAAUUUCUCUCAAUCUGGGUUCAGGGAAGCCUGCAAAACCCCUAAAAGCAGCAGGCUGCAAUAGUGGCUCUUACCUACUGAUCAUUGAUUAAUGUAUGAGUGAGAAUCAUGUGAGUUGAGUUGAAGACCAAAGGAGGAACCGGGGAAGUAAAAGAGAGAGAGAGAGAGCUAACUGGUUGGUUGGUUGUAGUAAAUUCGUCGGCCAGCAAAUCUAAAGAGAGCGAUCUGAACUUUUGGUGCUUCUUCUUCUCUGUAAAAGAGAGUUACGUUUUUUCUGUGGCUGCAAUUUUUGUUUUUGUGUUUUCCUCCUCCUCCUCCUCUGGUGUCAUCAAAAUGGCGGCGAGUGCGUCGAGGUUCAUCAAAUGUGUCACAGUUGGUGAUGGGGCUGUGGGGAAGACCUGUAUGCUCAUCUGCUACACUAGCAACAAGUUCCCAACGGAUUACAUACCCACAGUGUUCGACAAUUUCAGUGCCAACGUUGUAGUAGAAGGAACCACUGUCAAUUUAGGCCUCUGGGAUACAGCUGGUCAGGAAGAUUACAAUAGAUUAAGGCCAUUAAGCUAUAGAGGCGCAGAUGUCUUUGUCUUAUCUUUCUCCCUAAUUAGCCGGGCCAGCUACGAGAAUGUACUUAAGAAGUGGAUUCCUGAGCUCCAGCAUUAUGCCCCUGGGAUCCCACUGGUGCUGGUUGGUACCAAAUUAGAUCUUCGCGAUGAUAAGCACUAUAUUGCUCAUCACCCUGGGCUGAUACCUGUAACCACUGAACAGGGAGAGGAACUCCGGAAGCUGGUUGGCGCAGCAUACUACAUCGAGUGCAGCUCCAAAACUCAGCAGAACGUCAAGGCAGUGUUUGAUGCUGCAAUCAGAGUGGUGAUCAAGCCAGCAACAAAACCGAAAGACGCAAAGAAGAAGAAGAAGCAGCAGCGUCGGGGAUGCCUCCUGAACGUGCUUUGCGGAAGGAAAUUGGUCUGCCUGAAAUGAAGUCUCUGUUUGAACUUGUUUGUUUUUCUGACCACGGCCACAAUGACAACAAACUCAUGUAUAGAUAGCUUCUAAAGAUCCCCCCCACACCAUUUGGCACUUCACUCCAAGCUUUCGACAGAUGGACUGUUUUGUUCUCCUGUUGGUAUUUGCUUCAGAUAGGUUCUAAGAUCGCACAUGUCAGAGAUCCUAGAUCUACACUAAUCCUUCUUCCUACUACUGCUUUCAAAUGUGUAUAAACACUGGGGGAAAAGAAAGGAAAUUUUUUGCC